AUGCGUGCACCCACAGCAUUCCUUGCCAUCGGCCUUCUCGCCAGCGCCGCCGCCGCCGCGCCCUCGGGAAACAUAUACGCCCGCAAUGAGCCCAAGGACCAGCCCAAGGUUGAGCGCAUCGCGGCGGUGCCUGCUCUCUUGGAUAUUGCACCAGACUCCAAGUCUUGCGCUCCUGAGCUCACCGGGUGUGCGACCGCCGAGCAGGUCGCCCCCCUGCUCGCCGAGGCUCUGAGGGAUUACAACUUCCACGAGAGCCCUUGGGAGAUGGCGGCCGUUAUCUCUUUGACGGUCCACGAAAGUGCUCAGUUCAAGUACAGAGCUCCGGCCGAUGCCAAGCACGCCGAGGAGUUCCCUCUCAAGGGCACCUCCAACAUGCAAAGCGCAGAUUUCAAUUUCCAAUUCGCCAAGUCGCUGCCCGCCAUCGCCAAGGAGGUCAGCGAGAUCGUCAAGGACGCCCCCAACGCCGCCACCCUCAACAAGGACCAGAUGAAGAGUCUGCUCAAGGUCCUGCAAAGGAAUGAGACCAACUUCGCCUCGGGCUCUUGGUUCCUCCGCAACAAGUGCUCCGAGGCAGACCGCAACGGCAUCAAGACCGGCACCCGCAAGGGCUGGGUCGACUACGUCAGUAACUGCGUCGGGGUCAAGGAGAACACCAUGGACUCCGAGUGGAAGAAGCGCGAGGAGUACUGGACCAAGACCGUCAAGGCUAUGAAGCUGACCGUCAAAGCUUGA